AGAUCUCUUCGCCGCUGCCGCAGGAAUUGAGCUCCACCGCGCCUCUUCCGCCGGAAUGUCCAAUUUCUCGGCGGAAGAACAAAUAAGGAAUUCAAGAAGCUAGAAUCCUGAAAAAGCGAUAAUUACAAUGACGCCGCGGCAGGAUGACUCCAAGGAAGACGGUGAAUCCAACCGGCUGCUACCUUCGGCCUCUCCUUCAUCGGACGGGGAAGAAUCCGAGGAGACCGCGUUCGAGGCGCGGGAGAAAAUCGAUAUUGUAGAUAUGGAGGAAAUCCCCGGAUCGGUCGACAGCCUCCCGUUGGAUUACGUCCCGCCAUUCUCAUGGAAGAAGCUCUGGCUGUUCACAGGGCCAGGGUUUUUGAUGAGCAUAGCAUUUCUAGAUCCGGGGAAUUUAGAAGGGGAUCUUCAGGCAGGUGCGAUCGCCGGCUACUCGCUUCUUUGGCUGCUGAUGUGGGCCACCGCCAUGGGCCUGCUCAUCCAGCUGCUAUCGGCUCGGGUCGGUGUCGCCACCGGGCGGCACCUGGCGGAGCUCUGCCGUGACGAGUACCCUAAUUGGGCUAGGUUGAUUCUCUGGUUCAUGGCGGAGGUGGCCCUGAUUGGCGCCGAUAUUCAGGAGGUUAUAGGUAGUGCAAUAGCUAUUCAGAUUUUGAGCCGUGGGGUUCUGCCUCUCUGGACUGGAGUUUUGAUCACUGCUUCAGAUUGUUUUAUGUUUUUAUUUCUAGAGAAUUAUGGAGUUAGAAAGCUCGAGGCUGUAUUUGCAAUUCUGAUUGCUACCAUGGCUUCAUCAUUUGCUUGGAUGUUCGGAGAUGCUAAACCGAAUGGGAAAGAACUUCUGCUUGGUCUUUUGAUACCGAGGCUUAGUUCGAAGACCAUUAGGCAAGCUGUUGGAGUUGUGGGUUGUGUGAUAAUGCCUCACAAUGUCUUCUUGCAUUCUGCUUUGGUACAGUCAAGGAAGAUUGAUCCUAAGAAGACGGGCAAAGUUCGGGAGGCAUUGAAAUACUACAACAUCGAAUCGUCAAUUGCUCUUCUGGUAUCUUUCGUGAUCAAUCUGUUUGUCACAACUGUAUUCGCCAAGGGAUUCUAUGGCACCAAACAGGCCAACAGCAUAGGGCUGGUGAAUGCUGGGCAGUAUCUUGAAGAGAAGUAUGGUGGUGGAGUUUUCCCAAUUCUUUACAUUUGGGGUAUUGGAUUAUUGGCGGCUGGACAAAGCAGUACAAUAACUGGCACAUAUGCCGGCCAGUUUAUAAUGGGAGGCUUCCUUAACCUUCGUUUGAAGAAAUGGCUAAGGGCGCUGAUAACAAGAAGCUUUGCGAUUGUACCUACCAUAAUAGUUGCUCUGGUGUUCAAUAAAUCAGAAGCCUCUUUAGAUGUCUUGAAUGAAUGGUUGAAUGUGCUUCAGUCGAUACAAAUUCCAUUUGCUCUUAUCCCUCUUCUUACCUUGGUUGCUAAGGAGCAGGUCAUGGGAGUCUUCAAAGUUGGCCCAGUUAUAGAGAGGAUGGCCUGGACGGUAGCUCUAGUGGUGAUGUUGAUCAAUGGGUAUCUAAUGAUUGAUUUCUUUGCAUCUGAAGUAAAGGGCUUGCUGUUUGGGCUUCUGGCAUGCGGUGGAACAGUUGCAUACCUGUCAUUCAUCGUUUACCUUGCUUCACAUGGUGGAGUUUUUGCCUCCAGGUCUUCGUCAUACGGGAUAGAACUGUCCAAGCAGAAUUCCAUAGAUGGGAAUUAACUUCUCAUUCAUGAUACGAUUCAUCGAAACCUCAAUAUGUCCAUACUGUAUACACGAUGAUGGAGAUCGAUUUUGAAACCCUCCCGACCUCGGGUGCAUAUAUAUAACAGGGACAACAACAAUACACAGAUUGAGUGUUUUAUAUGUUCCUCAGCGGUUGGCUAUAGAAAGCAAGAAGAGGUUGGAACAGCACCGCUGCUGACUUGUACGCAAAUGUAGAAUUGAGUUUGUUAUUCUUUAAUGUAUGGGUAGCUUGUACAAUAUGCAAACGCUCCAACUGUAAAUUUUGUGUUUAGCGACUGACAUUUUUUAUUUUUCAGCAGCAGAACUGGAGGGUUUCCUGAGAAAGGAGAAAGGAAACCAUUGUUGGGUUAAGCAGCAUCUCGGUAGGCGAAUGAGAAUGAGGAUUGUUAUUCGUCGUCCUCAAAAUCGAAGUAUAGAAGGUCAAUUUGACCUUUGAACUUUUGUAAUCUCUAUCAUUCCGUUGCACGAACAUUAAUUUUUGUCAUACCAGCACACAAAUGCUUAAUUUUUAGUACAUACUUGGAUGAACAUGGUUAAACUGAAAAUGAGGCAUUUUCUUAUCAUCCAGAUUCCAACCUGCUCGGAAAAAUGUUGCACUCUCAAAUACAUUAAAAAUAACCUG